UUUUAUGUCAAGUUUUGCUUCAACAAACGCAAAGUGUCACCAUAAGUACGAUAAAAAUUUGCAGUAAUUAUAAAGAAAAAACAUGAAGUGAUUUUCAAAGAAACAUUUAAGCAGGCAAUUUCACUGUUUCGUUGUUCAUAAGUAAGUAUUUGAAGACUGCAAAAAUUUCCAUUUGCGCAGUAGGUGAAUCUUUAGCAACUUGGUGACUAUCCCACUGGCAAACAUGUCUGAGAAAAUAAUAGUCUCAGUAUGCGAGGGUAAAAUUCAAGGAUUUAAAAAUGUCUCAACAUUUUCUGGAGUCGAAUUCUUUUCUUUUCUCGGAGUACCUUAUGGGCAAUCAACUGCUGGUCAUGCACGAUACAAGGAUCCUAAACCAGUAAAACCUUGGAAAAAUAUUUUGAUGGCGACGACUGAAAAAGGAGGUUGUUUGCAAUUUUCCCUGAGGAAAGCGCUAAUAGAUGGUUCAGAGGAUUGUCUAUACAACAAUAUUCAUACGCCAGAGUUACCUCAAAAAGAUGACGAUCCUUUAAGACCAGUGGUGGUUUGUUUACAACCUGGAGCUUAUCAUACAGGUUCACCGGAUCCUAGUUAUUUUGGGUCUCCAGACUACGUCAUGCACAACGACGUAGUUUGUGUUUGUGUAUCAUUCAGGCUACAUAUUUUAGGUUUCUUAAAUUUGGAUUUACCGGAAUGCUCGGGUAAUCAAGGAUUGAAGGAUAUAAUUCUAAGCUUGCAAUGGAUCCAGCGAAACAUUUGUAAAUUUGGCGGUGAUCCUGAUAACGUGACAUUGCUUGGCAGCAGUAGUGGAGCAGGAUUAGUGAAUAAUUUGAUGAUAUCACCAAAAGCAAAAGGGUUAUUUCAUAAAGGGGUUAUCAUGGGUAUGUACAAAUAUUGCCCAUCUUUAGUGGUACGAUCAGAAAACGCUACGUUGGCAUUUGAAUUGGCACAAAAUCUUGGUUACAAUGGACCUUUUGAUAAGAAAAAAUUAUUAUCAUUUUAUAAAAAAGUAAACAUACGAGCACUUCUUGUCACAAGACCGGAUCGUUUCUUCCAUAGAGAUGAGACCGCUCCAUUAUUUCCAAUGUUCCCAUUCGUUACAACCGUAGAUUCUGGUGAAAAUGCAGUUUUACCAACGUCAAAUAAGCAAGAAAAUCUGAAAUCAUUAACACGCAUUCCACUAAUGGUGGGAUUUUGCGAAAGAGAAGCUAUAUUUGGAUUUCUCCGACCUUAUAAAAAAGCAUCAAUGAAGUACUUUUUCAAGUCUAUUCGCCAGAAUUGCUGGGGUUGGGGAGCCAAGCUAAAUGAUGAUCAACUCAAGUAUAUUCAAAAUAAAAUACAAUCUUUCUACUUGAAAGGUAAUUCGAUUGAAAACGCUCCACUGCCAAUCAAAUGUGAUAUUCAAUCCGACAUUGCCGCAUCAGAUUUGUAUCCGACACUUGUGGACGUGGUUGCAGCAGAUCUUCCUUCAUCGGUUUACGUUUAUAAAUUUGAAUUCCAGGGAAAUGUUCCCAAAAUGAAAGAUGUUUUCCAGUUCGUUUUUGAUGAGCCACUAGAUGGAACUUACCAUGGAGACGAUUUUACAUACUGGGCAAAGUUCUCAUUCCCGUACGAUCAAAUAGAAGAUCCUUUAACACCUGAAACUGAAGAAAUGGUGAAAACGUUCACUAAACUCGUCAGUACAUUUGCAAAAACUGGGGAUCCGAAUUAUGAAGGAAUAACCACUCAAUGGAAACCAACCACUGUGGAAAAUCCGUCCUACUUCAGUAUAAACAAUCAUUUGUCUAUGGUAGAAGGCAAAUUGAAUGGAAAUCGAACAGAGUUUUGGGAGGAACUAAGAAGGGAGUUGGAAAAUGAUAAUCAGACGUGUGCUGAAGGAAAUAAUCCGCAAUAGCACUCUACAACUGAAUGAAAAUUUUACUGAGCCUGAACAGAUUCAUUCGCUCAUCUCUCAUACAGCAAAGAGAAGGAUAGGUAUAUUUAUCAAACAAAUCUAUGUAUUUCUUACCACCAGUUUUAUUCCUCAUCAUCAGUAGAACUUGUUGUGAGAUACCUUGGUUUAAGCCAAAAAUGGUAUCCUUAGUGUAGACAAGAAAUUAUGUUGUUCCACAAUAAAAUGUUAAAAAAUAUAAAAAUAUAAAACGUUUA